GAUUAGAAACAUGUUCAAACUGCAUACAUAUAGUAUAUUGUAGGUCACUUUCAGAGAUCAGAGAAACAUCAAAACGUCAACUGGUGCAUUAUGGAACUGGACGAGAUGAUCAGCACGUUCGGGAUGAGCGAGAGCGAUCUCACCGAGCUCGUCGAGUACUUCAAUGUGUAUCGGAUGGAUUACAUGCCGCACGGAGUAUCCAAGGAAGAUCUUCCGGUAAGCGUGGACAACUUCGGGGCGCUCCUCGACGAAAUGGGCUUCUCCUUGACCGAGGCAGAGCUCUUGUCUUUGAUUGAUCAGCUGGAUCCUAACAAAUUGGGCUAUAUUAUCCUCUCCCAUUUCCUGAUGAAUGGUGCUAAACCUCUGUUCGAUAAGUGUAGGAUAACUGAAGAGACAGCCAAAGAGGUAUUCAACUUGAUGGACCAGGAUCGUGAUAAGAUGGUGACCUUGGAUGAUUUAAAGAGAACAAUGAAGAUGUUUGGGGAAGAACUUCCCAACAAUUACGUCAGGGAAAUGUUGAAAGAAGUGGACAUCGAUGGGGAUGAUAUGAUAUGUUACGGAGAAUUCCUCUUCUUCACAACUGGUAUAGUUGAAUGAUUCUCAUUUAAGAACGUCUGUAUGCAUAAUAAAUUUCUAUGGCACU